CUCCCACCCCUUUUGCGCACCGACUGUGACUGCGCUCCCUUUUUUCCUACAUUCAAACAUGGCGAAACUCUUUGCCAUCAUACCACCACCACCCUCUCCAUCUCCAUCGUUAUCACCACCACCACCGCUAUUAUCUUCCCCGUUAUCAGCACCCUUAUCUCCGGUAGCGUGAUGACCCGGGAGGAUGGAGAAGUUGUCGGCGAGCCUGUCGGAGAUCACUUGGAGCCCGUUGGCGCUGCCCUUGGACGCGGUGGUCAGCAAGUUCCGUCUGCCUACUCUGGUGCGCUUGGCACACGGUGAAUGUGUGGAGGGCUUGUCGGAGGAGGAUGUGGUUCUGUUACACUCCUGUCGUCAGUGGACCACAGUGACUGCCCACAGCCUAGAGGAGGGACACUACGUUAUCGGACCUAAGAUAGACAUCCCUCUGCAGUACCAGGGGAAAUUCAAGUUGUUGGAUGAAGACCGAGACGUCAGGGAUCCAAUCCAGUAUUUUUCCAGUGUGGAGGAAGUAGCUGGAGUCUUCCCUGACCGGGUCUUUGUCAUGGAGACAAUCACGUUCAGUGUCAAGGUGGUUUCAGGGGAGUUCAGUGAGGACAGUGAGGCCUACAGCUUCACUCUGCAGGCUGGAGAUGAGCUGUCACUCAUGGGGAAGGCGGAGCUUCUCUGUGCCACGCCCUCUAAGGAAAAGACGGGACUAACCGCGCUCUUGAGACGCCUCGGAAAGACUCCUAGAAGUAAAACUCCCUGCCUUGUCUGUAUGAACCAUCGCACCAAUCAGAGCGUAAGCCUACCCUUUGGUUGCCGUGGACGCUUUUGCACACGCUCCCCUCUGGAGCAAGGCAUGCUGGGAGGGGAGCACACGGUACGCAGCAUCAUCGAGAGGGUUCGCCUCCCCGUCAAUGUGUCGGUGCCUUCACGACCCCCGAGGAACCCCUACGACCGGCACGCAGUCCGAGAGGGCCACCGCUACAAGCUGCUCAACAUCGUGAGCAAGACGGUGGUGCUCUGCAUGGUGCUCCGCCGACAGGAAGUCUCCCCCUCCCACUUCCUGCUACUACGCUGCAUGCCCCGGUUCAACGUGGCCGAGGCCUCGGGUCACACAGCGGCGCUGGAGAGCCUCCUGUUGAGACACGCCUUCGACCCAGAUGCCUACUCUCGAGCUGUGAGAGAAACCAGGCCAGAGCUGGAGUGUAUGACAGAGGAGUGUGUGAGCCCGCGGCGCUCUCGCAUGUGUGUGUCGGGUCAGGACUCCUUGGCACCGGCACUGCAGCACCUCUCCAUGUGCGGGUAUGGGGGUGGGGACGGCCUAUCACAGCGCUGCAGGGACUCUCUUGGAGAGCGGCUGGGGGAGGGGCCAGGUGAGGAGCGGGAGUAUGUGACUCCGGAGUGGACUGAUGCUGAAAUGAGGACCAGUGAGGAAAUCCCUUACGAGGAACUUUGGACCAAUCAAAAUGCAGAGGGCUUGGGAAAGGAGCCGAACCUCAUCUCCUUUCAUUCCACGUCCUCAUUGGACGGGUCUCUUGGUACCGUGGUGACCAGAGUGUCUACCCCGCCGCCUGUACCUCCAAAAUCUGAUGCUGUAAGAGAGGAGUGUCGCUACUUGAUCGCCCCUCCCAUUCCCCCCCGCUGCUCUAAAGGAGGCUCCAUCUCCAGUCCAGUCCCCAGUCCUCCUGUUCCCCCUCGGUUCCCCAAAGCCUCCACCUCCCCGAGGCCCAACCUCUCCUUCUACUCCUCUGGACUUCAGGACAGCUGCUCGCCCUCUCCAGAUGCCUCCCUCUACUGUUACCCGUGCUCCUGGGGGGAUUGCCCGGCCCCUAACCCCGCCAAUCCUGAGCCAGUCUCUGCCAGCACUGCAGACCCCACCUCCGCCACUCCUCAGCCAGCACAGGCCACCUGGGCAGAGCCGUGGGUGGACUCCUUCUCCUCCUCCGGACCUCGACUCAGGCCUCCACAGAGUCGGUUUGCUCCUUUUGGGGCAUUAAACCCCUUCAACCGCCAAUCCCCCUGCCCCUCCCCUGAGCCCACUCCCACCACAGAUUCCUCCAGAGGUGCAGAGGGAGGCGGGAUGUCCACAGGGGUCACCGAAAGCUUGAACCCUGACCCCACCUGGCGACCUCCUGCUGACCUGUCUGUGCUCUCAUUGGAGGAGGUGUCGGCCUGCCUGCGGUUCAUCGGCCUAUCAGAGGCAGCGGUGGGCGUGUUCCAGAGAGAGCGAAUCGACGGCAGCCUCCUGGUGCAGCUGACCGAGGACAUCCUGUCACAUGACUUCCACCUGAGCCGACUGCAUGUCACCAAGAUCACACAGUUCAUACAGGGCUGGAGGCCCAAGAUCUAACACGCGUACACACACACACACACAAUCCUGAUAAUGUGCCUGUUGGCUACUGAGCCAUCCUGAAUGUGCCUUUCACUGUGACCAAGUGGUUGCUGAGCCCCACUGACUGAAGCUGAGACUUUGCUGAAGGAAAUCACGCCACCCUGUGGUCAAACUGUCGAACUGACACUCGGGUCUGACUGCAAAUUCCUGUCUGAAUCACAGACUGGGACUAGUUUACUAACAAAUAGCUACAAAUGGGAGCUAUAUGAUUAAAGUGCCCUGUUUCAAUUUGUCUUUAGGGAACAUAGUCACGAAACAUUGUUAUACUUUGAGACAGCUAAAUGUUUGAGCAGUAUAUGGAUUUGUGUGGGGCCUCCAUGCCGCAGCUCCAUUCAAUUCCUUCAUUCUCCAUAUAAACUGGAGGAGUUUCAUUUGAGUUUUUCUCAUUAUAAAAAAGGUGCAUUGAAGUUAAAAUUCCGUGCCUUUAAUGUGGAUGUUCAAUAGGAGGGAUGGUACAUUUUUCAGUGUAUUGACAGAGAAAGCUGAUUGCUCCUUUUCUCAAAACUAGGGCUGCUCGAUUAUGGCAAAAAUCAUAAUCUCGAUUAUUUGGGUCAAUAAUUGAUAUCACGAUUAUUAAAAACGAUUAUCCAUUUACUUUGAAAACAUCCAUUUAGUGCAAAAAAAAAAGUGAACAUUAUGUUUUUAAAAGUUCAUUACCCUGAACUUUAAGUAUAAUUCAACUGAAAACAAAUAAAAAAUACUAAUAAUACAAAAAAAUAAAGAAAAUAAUCGUUUUAUUUCGAUUACGUUGUUUUCGUAAUCGUUGCAAGCCUAAAUCGUAAUUGCGAUUAAAAUACGAUUGAGCAGCCCUACUCAAAACUGUUCCAUCAUUGCCCUGAUGUACCAGGAUGCAUUGCACAUGAGCUUCUGACACCAGGAAGGUCACUGAGCAAUAUCCUCUGGCAUGGCUAACCUUUUCUCUGCUGCGCUCAAACACUGAACCUGUUCCCUACCUGAGUCUCAAGCACAGCCUUCUUCAUUUGUUUUCAUUUGUUUCCCAUUUGUGCACUGAGCUCCAGUGACCUGAAAUUGGCAAAAAGAUUUUAAAAGUAUUAGGAGAUUUGAAGCUUGUUGUUAGAAGAUUAUUGAAAAGGAAUGAGAAAGUAAAGAGAAAUCUCAAAGUCAGAAGCACCCAAUAAAGUAUUUGUUGAGUUUCUGUUACUGAUCAAUGAUUUACUGAACAAUUUCUUAAGGCCAUUAUGUGCUUUGAUAAAUGUAUUAACAAUACCAUUAAGGGAAACAAGAGAUGUCCUUCUUUCUGUAGUAGGAAACACACGUGUUGCCAUGCUAUAAUAAACAUUUGUGUCGGAAAUAGAGUUCUCAAAAUAUA